AUGUUACUUUUUCUCAAACCAAGCACUAAAACCAACAAUAGAAAAGUAGUUGCGCACAACACCCUUGUUUGCACCGCCGGGCUUCUAUCUCCAACUUUGGCCGUGCUUCCAGAAACCUACACCACGACUGCUCCUCUAUCAACAUCAGACAGAGCAGUAUCACCACACAGGUUCAAAAUCGACGAUGCGCCUCCCGCCGUCAGAACCGCUAGUUUCCUCCCGCUCCCAAACUCGUCGUUCUCCGAUAACACCCCUACCGACCACCGUGGAUCUCGCCACCCAGCCACUCAGAUCAGACUAGAUCUAGCCGUCCAUCCCACGAAGUCACCGCGAUCUUCAUAUAGAACCCGUCGUGAAAACCGCCAUGGACACCGUGUUGCACUCGGUCCCUUCCGGUUCCGCUGA